AUGACGCUCCCGCCUACGAUCGCCUCGAGAUUCCUCUCCCACCCGAACAGCCUCGGCGUGGUGGCCGUCGGGUUCGAUGGCGGACAGUGCAAGAAAGGCGUCGAAGCGGCACCAAUGGCCCUCAUCGAGGCCGGGCUCCUCACUCAGCUCCGCGAGGACCUCGACUACGACAUCCACCACGACGACAAGAUCCACUACUACGAAGACUCCAUCCCGGCCGCAGACCCAGACCACCGGGGCAUGAAGAAGCCGCGCGCGGUCAGCGCGGUGACCGAGCAGCUGAGCAAGCAGGUAUACAGCCACGCGCGGGAGGGCAAGUUCGUGCUCACCCUGGGCGGCGACCACUCCAUCGCCAUCGGCACCAUCUCCGGCACGGCCAAGGCGAUCCGCGAGCGGCUGGGCCGCGAGAUGGCGGUUAUCUGGGUCGACGCGCACGCUGAUAUCAAUCUGCCUGAGACGAGCGACAGUGGCAAUAUCCACGGGAUGCCCAUGGCGUUUCUGACCAGGCUGGCGAGGGAGGAGAAGAAGGAUAUCUUCGGCUGGCUGCAGGAUGAGCAUGCCGUGAGCACACGCAAGCUGGUGUAUAUCGGGCUGCGCGAUGUCGACCGCGGCGAGAAGAAGAUCCUGCGCGAGAAUGGGAUCAAGGCGUUUAGCAUGCACGACAUCGACCGCCACGGCAUCGGCAAGGUCGUGGAGAUGGCGCUCGCGCACAUCGGCAACGACACGCCCAUCCACCUAUCCUUUGACGUCGACGCCCUGGACCCGCAGUGGGCGCCUAGCACGGGCACGCCGGUGCGCGGCGGCCUGACGCUGCGCGAGGGCGACUUUAUCUGUGAGUGCGUGCAUGAGACGGGCAACCUGGUGGCUAUGGAUUUGGUCGAGGUCAACCCCAGCCUGGAGGCGGGCGGAGCGAGUGAGACGAUUCGGGCGGGAUGCUCGCUGGUUCGGAGUGCGCUGGGGGAUACGCUGUUGUAG